AUGGAGGGUUCCCGAUCUAUUUCGCCAAGUGUGCUGGAUCCGGUAACUAUAGUUGAUUCGGCGCUUCAAUACGGAGAAGUAUCACAUGUUUGUGUAAACAUGGACGUGGACUACUCACUAGGAUAUGGUCGCUUUUGCGUGAAAUAUUGUCAAGACUUCCCAGCAGCAACUGAGAAGGAGCUCGAGGAUGCAUACAACAAGUAUAAAGUCUUCUACACUAAACACCAUCGCGACAACCCCGGAAUAGCCACGGAUUGUUGUGAAGAAUUUCUCCAAACGCUUGGUAAACGAGAGAGAGGCAGUUGGGUGUUAUUAGUUGGAGCAGAGCUCCGUCGUAGAGACAUUCGGGGGUUCGUAGCAGAGCUAGGUUAUAUGGAGGCGGUACCGCAGAGAAUAGUUCGAAUGCAUUACGACAUGCGUUGGGGUUGGGACAUAGAGCAGAGUCGUAGCAAAGCGAUAAAUAGGAGGCAAACUAGUAGAUAUUUUACGGCAACGAAAUGCUUUCCCGAACUCUUUCAACAUGACGUUUCCGUUUUUGUUAUGCUAGCCUGUCUACAAUCAACUCUUUUUUGCACAGGUGGAGAAAAGACUGCGCUGCCAUACACAACAAGAUUAGAGGGCCUUGGUGGUACUAACCUGAAGACCUUUCUGUCUGAAGGAGGAGGUGUCGACGCUUAUGAGGGUAUUGAUGUCAAUAAUCCUGAUAUCUGUCCCCGUGAAGAGACGCUCCGAAAACUAGUUGAAACUCUCCAUAACAAACGUGUUCUACUUGUGCGAUCGCCGCCCAUGGCUGGCAAGACUUCGCUGGCGCAACUGUUAGAACGGUAUCUUCUUCGAGACAAUACUAUACGUGUUUUUCGUAUUUCGCUUUUAUGGUUGAGAAAAGUCGGCAGAGAAGCUUGGAUGUUUGAAGAAAGAUUCAAGGAACUAAUGAAUGGCACUACUUGGAGUCAGUUUGUGGAUGAGUGCAGGUUUAUUCAGACAUUUCUUAUCGUUGACGAGGUGCAGGUACUUUAUUCCGAAAAACUUGGCAAGCCUUCACACAAUGGUGGUGAUGUCUUUUGGAACGUAUUCAAGGACUGCAUGCAAUAUGCUAACCUCCGCAUUUGCGCCUUUGCCGUAUAUGGUUAUCGAGGUGCCUGGGAUGGCUCAGCUUCCAGUGGCACAAUGAACGUUUCUCCAAUUAAGAUCAACUCUCGAAAUACCUGGAGUUUGGAAGAGAUGUGUUUCACCGAUGAAGAAUAUCAUGACUACGUCUCACGCUUCUGCAAUAAGUAUCUUAACAUGAAUGACGAUGAUGCUUUAUGUCUUCAGCAAUACGUGUACAAUACGACAGAGCGUCAUCCAGGACUAGUCGCAUUCUUCAUGAACAAUAUUAAAAAUCAUUUCUCCCAACAACUGAAAUACCCGAGAGAGAGGGAGACGCUGACAUGGGAUAAGGUUUUCAAGUAUUUGAAGUCAUAUAAUUUUUGGGAUACAGUAGUGGAUGGUGUCCGUGCAUACACGAAGCUUGAGCAUCUGAGUGAUGAUGAAAUAUUGCUUUGCGAUGAUGUGUUUCGAUAUUCCGUUCCUAUUCGGGACGUCACCGAAAGUAAAUCAAAGCGUUUGAUCAAAACAAACAUGCUUGUCGAAAAAAAUGAAAGGCUCGAGUUUGCUGCACCUUACUUGUGUAUACUUUACAUGCAGGAGCGCUGGGGAUCUACCAACAGGGCAACGAAAGCUCCCGAGGAUUUAAAAUCCUUUCUCAUCGACACCUUUACUGUCAUGGACCCCCAGACACUACAGAACUCAUUUGGUGUUGGCAAAGACAAGCGGCUUCUAGAACGCACUUGGCAGAUGGAAUUCUACCGCGCUGCCACCCAAGUCCUCUCCAAUACUGUCUAUAUUUCUCCUGACGUUGGAGCGGAUUUCGGUUCGCGUGGAUUUGUAGACUUCUAUGUAGAUGAUGACCGAAACUGGGUGAUUGAGUUAUUAAGAGAUGGUGAAAGAGCGAAAGAGCAUGAGAAGCGUUUUGAAUCAGAUGGUAUUUAUGCUAAAAUCCUGGAGAGUUCCAAGGAAUCAGUAAUAAUUGAUAUUCGAAAUCCGGACCUUUGUAACAGUUCUCCAGCGAAAUGUGGCUGUAAUUGGAUGAAUGUAUAUUGCCAGAAAGGGUGGGAAUCAGUAAUAAUAGAGUAUAAAGGUAUGAAACAGGAAAUUAGACUCAUUGGAGAGCAAGGAGUGAUGUUAGAAGACGAUGAGAGAUCAAAAAAUUGA